AUGGCUCUAUCCAAAGAAAAUAACAAUAUCAUUCCAAAAGAUGUCAAGAAAAGAUUAUACAAGUCAAGAAAGCAAAGACCUUGCGACAAUUGUCGUAAGCGUAAAUCAUGCUGUAUCAUUGAAGAUGGUAUCCCAUGUAAACUAUGCAAAAUGUUUAAUAAAUCAUGUACAUUUGAAAAAGGACCUGUUUAUACAACGACAAAGUUACCAUCCAAAAAGGCAUUGAAGCAACAGAAACAACAACAAUUACAACAACAGUCAUUAAUUCAAUCUUUUAAAACACAAGCUGGUAUUUCAAGUGCUUCAUCUUUAAACUUUCAGCCUUUAAUUGAUAACCAACAUAUUUCAAUUCAAUCUCAGACCCCAACAUAUCACCAAUCUCAUAUCGCUAAUUCAUCAACACCAGAAACCCCCUCUCUUUAUAAUGAACAACGUUCAAAUUCAGCUGGUUCUGAAAUCUCAAAUGAUGUUCAUAACUUUCCAACCCCAAUUAAUGAUUCCAUUGAUAUGUAUUUAAACAGUCAUGGUAUCAAUUUAGAUAUUGACGCAUUAGCCGCUACAUCAUUAUCACAGGAACAAUAUCCACAACAAACAUUCAAUCAACAAUCCGUUCAUGAACAUACUUGCCAAGGUCAUGAUGAAGGUUUAGAGGAGCUUUGGGAUAUGCCAUUUGAUCUUGAUAUGAAUCUUGAUGCUUUGAAUUUCCAAGCUGGGUUCUUCGAUAACUUAAAUAUUGAUUUUGAACAAUUGAUGGGGUAA